AUGAGCAUAGAAAGCGCCAUGGCCCGUCUAGUGCCGUUCCAGUCCAUCACAGACGUGUACAAGCAAAUGGAGGAGUCCGGAGCCGAAUUGGGCGAUGCAAUUCGCGUUCAGAAAUUGAGACAAAAAGUGGACAGGGAGUUGCAAGAAGACCCGACAACGGUGACUAGUGCGGUUAUCACACCAGCACUACCCCUCAAUAACAGCCACAACAGCAAUAACAAUGGCAACAGCGGGCACAAAAUCAGACGUCGAAGCAGCGUACAGGAAAUCGACCAGGACUUUGACUCGGGGUCGCCUCUGUCGUCUCCUCCACCGGUCAAACGGAGACGACGAACCAAGGAGGAAAUCGAAAGAGACAACAGAAGAAUAGCGCAGGGGAAAGCACCAGAAUUCAGAUGGACAACCGCAACACAAUUACGACUUAAACCUAUUGAUCCCAGUUCUCCGACACUUUGUCAGGACACUUAUAGAUGGUACACCUCGGAGACCAUCUCCGGUAAGAGCAUCAAAACCAUGUAUAAGCCGCGAGUGGAGCAGAAUUGGCUGUCAAAAGAUCCACGCAGCCAAAAGCUGUUUCCAAAGUACAUCAAAUUGAUCACUCGCAUGGAUUCCAUCCUCAAACACGUUCUCAAAGAGUACUCAGCUUGGCCUGAAAGUCAGAAGGAUCAAAGGUUGAGAGACGAACUACGAAAGGAACACCUGCUACAGUACUACGAUAAGGUGUUGGACGCAGAUGAGGAUCUGAAGAGCAGUUUUAUGGCCCCGUACUCUGCGGGAGCUCUGGCUGUGAUUGCGAGAGCCGCUUUGAAGCUGUACUUUUUGGAUUACCACCAGGGAUUGGUUGAUUAG